AUGACUUAUCAUCUGAGCAAAGAGGAAGUUACAUUGAGUAAACUUCAAGGCGUGCUGAGAACCGCUAAAAGUCGAUUGAUAGGAAAGGCUGCUAAAUCCACUUCAACUGUUGUUGCUCCAGUCCUAGCUGUUGGAAAAGGAAAGGGGAAAAAGCAGAAAGCUCCCUCAAAGAAAAAUUUGAAGGGAAAGUCUCAUGAUGGGUCUUCAAGUAGUGGAUCCAAAGGAAAAAACAAUUCUGCUCCCCCGGCCUCAAAUCCAAAGGAUGCAAUGUGCUUUUACUGCCAAGACAAGGGGCAUUGGAAGAGAAGCUACCCUAAGUAUCUGUAG